AUGCUAUGUUUGAUACCUUUGGUGAUUGGUAGUUCAUUUGUGUUUUCUAAGUUCACUGCUAGUGAAACAAUGAAUGAGUUAAUGACAUAUUCGAAAGCGGGACAAAUCGUUCAAGAAGUGUUUAGUUCACUAAGAACUGUUCUUUCUCUCAAUAGUAGCAAGUUUGAACAAAAACGAUACGAAAGAGAAUUGUAUUCUACUCGUUGGAGUGGUAUACGGCAAGGUGCAAUAUUUGGGGUUUAUACUGGAUGGAUAUCUCUAACAACUUAUCUAUCAUUUUCAGAAGCUCGAGGUGCAGCAGCAGCGGUGUUUCGACUUAUUGACGAGGGAAAUGAUGCAAGUGUCAAUGAAACAGAUGUAUGGAAAGAGGAUACAGAACAGAUUUAUAAAAUCAAUGGUAAUAUUGGAUUUGACAAUGUCAACUUUAUGUAUCCAUCUCGAAAAGAUGUACCAGUUCUGCGUAAUCUCUCUCUUAUUGCUCGUGCUGGUCAAACGACUGCUCUCGUAGGCUCAAGUGGCUGUGGAAAAAGUACCUGUAUAUCACUUUUUCUUCGUUACUACGAACCUUCAUCGGGUCGAAUAACGAUCGAUGAUCGACCGAUAACAGACUACAAUAUCCAACACCUUCGACAAAACAUUGGAGUUGUUAGUCAAGAACCCAUUCUGUUUGGUAUGAGUAUUUAUGAAAAUAUUCGUUUUGGUAAAUUAAAUGCAUCACAAGCAGAAAUCGAGCAAGCAGCACGAGAAGCAAAUGCACAUAAUUUCAUUAUGCAAUUACCAGAUAAAUAUGAAACACUUGUUGGCGAACGUGGUAUACAGUUGAGUGGUGGUGAAAAACAACGUAUUGCAUUAGCUCGUGCUCUUGUCAAACAGCCUACAUUUCUUUUAUUGGAUGAAGCAACAAGUGCACUUGAUAAUGCCAGUGAAAAAAUUGUUCAAGAAGCGCUAGAUCGAGCAUGCAAAGGUCGUACAACUAUUGUUAUUGCUCAUCGUUUAACCACAAUUCAAAAUGCGCAUCAAAUAUAUGUAUUGGAUAAUGGAAGUGUAAUUGAGCAAGGCACACAUGAAACGUUGAUGGCAAAAAAAGAUGGUAAAUAUCAAGCAAUGGUCAAAUGUCAACAAAUGGAAAAAGUCGAUGAUGAUAAAGAUGAUAUAACUAGCAUACAAAAAGCUAUAGAAGAAGAAGAAAAGUCGAUAUUGGAACGCUCUCGCCUACUUAGUGAUAGUCACACUAUUGAUGUGAACAAAUAUACAGCUUUUGCCAUAUCAGGAUCAAAAUUGACGCAACGUAUUCGUUCGAAAGCUUUUGCAUGUCUUCUUCGUCAAGAAGUUGCUUAUUUCGAUCGACCUGAAAAUAGUUCUGGUGCAAUUUGUACUCGUCUUUCUUUGGAUGCAUCAGCCGUUCAAGAGAUGAUUGGUACACGAUUAGGAGUCCUUGCUGUUGAAGUGAUUCACAAUAUACGUACAGUAAAACAAUUGUCAAUAGAAAAGGAAGUGUUACGACAAUAUUCUGAAAUUAUUCGUCAAGUAUUUCUACUAUCUUGGAAACCUUUGAUACUAUCUUCAAUGGCAUAUGGCAUAUUCUGGACAGUAGAUGUGUAUACUAUGGCAUUUAUAUACUGGCGUGCUCUCAUCCUUGUUGAAAAGAACAAACUUUCCUCGAACCAUAUUAUAAUGGUCUUUGCUUUUGCUGUUUUUUCGAUGCAAACACUAAGACUCAUUGGAAUGAUAUCUAGCCGUAUCGCUGCAUCAAUUUCGGCUGCUGAAACAUUUUUUGAUUUAUUUGAUCGAAAACCAACUAUCGAUAAUACAUCUAUUGAAGGGCAAGAAUUGAUUGAUUUUCAUGGAGAGAUAAAAUUUGAUCAAGUCAAAUUUAUCUAUCCAACUCGGCCAACAUCUAUUAUUCUUAACAAAUUUCAAUUGAAUAUCAAGCCAGGUCAACGUGUGGCUCUUGUUGGUGCAUCAGGAUGUGGAAAAUCAACAAUAAUUCAACUGUUGGAACGAUUCUAUGAUGUUACAAAAGGUCGACUACUUCUUGAUGGCAUUGAUAUUCGACAACUAAACCUUCAUUGGGUCCGUUCUCAAUUCGGUCUUGUCAGUCAAGAACCUAUUUUGUUCGAUUUAACAAUUGCUGAAAAUAUUGCAUAUGGUUUAGAAAAUGUUCCAAUGGAAGAUAUUAUUAAUGCAGCAAGUAGAGCUAACAUUCAUCAAUUUAUUGAACAAUUACCUCAGGGUUAUGAAACGAAGGUAGGGUUAAAAGGCAGUUUUCUGUCAGGUGGUGAGAAGCAACGUAUUGCCAUUGCUCGAGUUCUUAUUCGUCGGCCUAAAGUAUUGCUUUUAGAUGAAGCUACAAGUGCUAUGGAUUCAUACAACGAACAAAUUGUACAAGAUGCUCUUGAAAAAGUUCAAAGAGAAGACCCUAGUCGAACAUCACUUAUUAUUGCUCAUCGUCUUUCAACUAUUCGUUCAUGUGAUUUGAUUUGUGUACUUGAUAGAGGACAUAUAGUGGAAAGUGGUACUCAUACAGAAUUGACACAACGAUAUGGUGCUUAUUAUAAAAUGCUUGCUCAUAACAAUUUACAUUGA